UGGGCUGUACAUGUAGCGUAGGCCUUCGAGAUCUAUGUUCUCAAAGGAGAAGCUGAUCUUUCGCCUGGAAGUCGUACCUUGGGUGGAAAUAUGUGAGGAAUACCGUCCGGACCGUCAGACUGUGAAGCUGCCAUCUUUCUUUGCGUCGUGGAGGAAGAUUUGCAGACGACAAAUGGGAGUUGGAAUGCACCAUUAUAAUAAUGGUACUGAUAACAUACGACAGGUGGCGUCACAGCGCAAGGUGAAGACGAACAAGAUGGCUGCCCGUGGUUUGCGUCUGCUGCGAUUUCGGUCUUUCUUGCGUGAUUUCUCCGCUCCGAAGCGAUGUUUACCUGGGCGGUUGUACAGUGGGUUACAGAGAGUAAGAGGCCCAGAGGGAUGUCCAUCUCUUCUGGCCAGACCAGUGGUGUUAUCAUGGGUGGGACAGCAGCAGCAAGCACGAACCAUGUUUAUCCAGAUUCAGGAGACACCAAACCCCAACAGUCUGAAGUUCCUACCAGGCUGUGAGGUUCUAGAGACUGGAACAUUUGACUUCCCCAACCACAGCUCAGCACAUGCUUCUCCUCUGGCAAGACAACUCUUCAGAAUUGAAGGAGUGUCUGGUGUGUUCUUUGGGAGAGAUUUCAUCACUGUCACAAAGUUGGAUGAUGACACGUAUGACUGGCAGAUUCUCAAGCCUGACAUCUUUGCCACCAUCAUGGACUUCUUUGCCAGUGGACUCCCCAUCCUGACAGACGAGCCUGCUCCAGCUGAUACAGUCAUCCACCCAGAUGAUGAUGAGACAGUACAGAUGAUUAAGGAGCUACUGGACACCAGGAUCAGACCCACGGUGCAGGAAGAUGGCGGAGAUAUCGUGUACGUAGGGUUUGACCACGCGACGGGGAUCGUGAAGCUGAAGAUGCAGGGGUCGUGCUCCAGCUGUCCGAGCUCCGUCGUUACUCUGAGAAGCGGCGUACAAAACAUGCUGCAGUUCUACAUACCAGAGGUGCAGGGGGUUGAAGAGGCUGAAGAUGAAGUGGACAGCGUUGCCAAAGAAGAGUUUGCCAAGUUUGAGGAGAGAAUGAAGCGAGACAUACAGGGCAAGAAGGAAGCUGAAGACUAGAGAGAGUACAAUCUGGACAGCAUUUUUCUGACCAGUGACAGACAGACAGCUUGUACAUACAUGUGUUCCUAGCAUGAUGCCUGCAAUGAAUACUAAUCUUGCGAAAGUACGGAUGAUUUUUUGCCAGUGUAGUGUACUCGAGUGUACAUUGCCCGAGCGUAUUCACAGCACUCUGUUGUAUUGGGAUGGAAAACGGUUCUGUUAAAUUUGCAGGCUGAGUUGGAACUGUUGGAAUUGAACAUUACUGCUGCCAAGGACAGACUCGUAAAGGAAUGGACAAAAAUUUUGUCUUUGGAAAACACACAAUUAGCAAUCAUCAUCAUCAUGAGCCUCCAUCCCUCUCAGUAGUAUUAAUGUUACAAAAUUCAGUACUUGUGAAAUGGGCCCUAUGGAUAUGAAAGUUUUUAUUACAUGUACAGUUAAAGGAAACAGUAACAGAAAUAAAAUGACUUGUUACCUGA